AUGCAUUUCAGACACUCCUCCGGGGCCGUUGGCCUUCUUACGGGCCUUUCCGUUUCCCUCGCGGCCGCACAACUUCAAAACCAAACCCUCCGCGAGACCUUUUCCGACUUCAUCGACGCGAACCACAUCCUCGACUAUUACAAACUCGUCGAUGGCUUCGGUCAAAUCUCACUGCGCAACCCCGAGGACCCCUCGACAGUCUAUGCGACGGGAAAUCUGGCGGCCGCCCUCGUGCGUGACUUUGACGACAUCGGGCUCUGGUCCGUCGAAGACGGAUCUCCCGUCUCCGGCAACACCGCGAUACGCCCAGAGUUCCAGGAAAUAUACGCCCAUACUGCCCUUAUGAGGGCGUACCCCGGAAUUCAAUGUGUCGUUACCGCCCAAGCGCCGCCCCUUGUCGCUAGGAGCAACAGCCAUGAUACGCUGAGGCCUCUCACGAACCGCGCUGCCUUCCUCGGGAAACAUGUCCCGAUUUUCGAAUUUGAGGAUUAUUACCGGGAGGAAGAUGGUCGGCAGUUGUUCAUAAACAACCAGUAUCUCGGCGACGCACUGGCUGCCUUGUUCAAUGGUACUAGGGCCAAUGGAAAAAACUUCGUCUACGACGACAAGGAAGAGCUCGACCGCGACGAAUACUACCGCGACGAAUACUACCGCGACGAAUACUACCGCGAUGGGAAACACCGCGACGAAGAUUAUCGCGACGAAGAUUACUACCGCGAUGGGAAACACCGCGACGAAGAUUAUCGCGACGAAGAUUACUACCGCGAUGGGAAACACCGCGAUGAGAACUAUCGCGACGAAUACUACCGCGACGAAGACUACCGCGACGAAGAUUACCGCGACGAAGAUUACCGCGACGAAGAUUACCGCGACGAAGGUUACCGCGACGAAGAUUACUACCGCGAUGGGAAACACCGCGAUGAGAACUACCGCAACCAGGACUUCCGCAACGAGGACUUCGACCGCAGAUACAGGACCAGCCACACGGACGAGGCACCUCCACCCUACCGAUCAGGGUUCCCACGCACCCGCUUCCAGAACGGUUACGAAUUCACCAACAGCACUGGCAGCACCAACGGCACCAACACCAACACUUCCAAGGACGUGCCUCCGGUCACAGUGGUGCUGGAACGCAACCGCGGCAUCGUUACCCAUGGCACCAGCAUUCGAAGCUGCGUCUACCGUGCCGUCUGGUCUUUGAUCAACCACCAGAUCCAAGAGGAGGCCGAGUUGAUCAGCGCGACCGAGGGCGGUCCCGGCCCGAGAUUUCUGAGCAGGAGGGAGAUUGCCGACGCCCAGAAAAUUAGCGACUUGGGAUACAUCAAGGAGUGGCCACUGUGGAAGGCCCAGGUCGAUGCAAACCCGCUGUACCACAACGACCUGGAAUAG